AUGCCAGUCGCGGAGGAGGGAUCGCCUUCUGAAACGAAGAAGCAUUCUGGCAGCUCAUACAAAGAUGAACUGGCUCACUACAAGGCUCAGUAUGAACAGCUAGAGGCUGAACUUGCCGACUUCCAGGUAUCCAGUCGGGAGCUGGAAGCCGAGCUGGAGCGGGACAUCGAAGCUUCUGAGAAGCGGGAGCGCCAGCUGAAAGAAAAAGUUGACACACUGCGGUAUGAAGUGGACGAAUGGAAGAACAAAUACAAGCAGUCUAAAACCGACGCCAAUGCUGCACAAAACUCCCUCCAGAAAGAAAUCACUGCCCUGCGUGACAGCAAUCGUACAUUGCAGAUGAAGCUUCGAGACAUUGAAGUUGCCAAUGAUGACUACGAGCGGCAAGCCCGGAACACCACAUCGUCCCUGGAGGACAUGGAAUCCAAAUAUAACGUAGCCAUCGAACGUGGGGUGCUGCUCGAGGAAGAAGUCCGAAAUGGGGAACAAGAGCGAGAAGGCCUGAGAAUUGACAACCAGCGCCUGCGUUCUGAGCUAUCAGAUCUGAAGGUCGAGGCUGAGAUUAUCCAGGAGAAGCUGCGCAACACCGAAGCUGGCGGCUACCGUCGUCGCAAGCCAACUCCCUUGUACCGCAGCCCUUCGACUCCUCAGACCUUGGAAAUUUUUGAUCGAUCACCGAACACCGCUACUUCCUCUCCUGUUUUUGCUACACCACCUGCCAAGCUGUCUCAAACCUCCCUGACGUCCUCUACUGCGACACCUCCUUCACCUCCUAUAUCGGAGUCGUCGGCUAGCCUACGCAGGUCCAUCAAUGCCACUCCCACAUUCCCUCGGACUAGAGCCGCUGGUAACGAACCUGUCAACUCGCGCAGCCUCAUCAACGCAAGAACGCAGCCCCGUCCCAAUCAUUCCCGGACGCCGUCCUUGGCCUACAGUAAUGGGGGCCGCUCCACUCCUUCCGUCAAUUCUCGCAACAGCAUGACGCGGAUGAACUCUGCUCGUCCAUCGGGAAUGCCCAAGUCGGGGUCCUUGUACCAGAUCCGAGGUCUGAUUGGCAAGAUGCAAAAGCUCGAGGAACGAGUCCAGUCUGCAAAGUCCCGACUUCCCGCGCCUUCGGACACCUCGUCUAUUGGAUCCCCUCGCUCCAUGUCUCGAUCAGGCUCUGUCAUUGGGGAUAGCCCUGUUACCUCAAAUAUCACUGUUCGACGAAGCUCUCGCAAACGCCUGAGCGGUAGUAGCUACGGCUCGUCGGUUCGGGAUAGCGAAGGAACGCCGUCAUAUCUCCCGCAGAGCCGCCAAUCCUUCGGGGCACGCACAGGCGACAGCCGCCCGAGCAGCCGAACCAGCUUCUCCAGCCGUAGCUCGUUCAGCCAAAGUGUCCACUCGGGUGUCCCCGUUCGCCCCGAAAGUCGGUCCAGCCGUCCUGGCGCCAAAACCCCUCUCGGUCAUUACUCGACUAACCCGACAACAGAGAGCCGUCGGCCUCGGUCCUCUAUGAGUAACAAUAACCCUGGCGGCAUGUCGUAUAUCGAGGAAGACGACGAUGUGCCAGUUCCUACAUCUCGACUUCCUCAGGAGCUGCGACGACCGUCAGUGUCAGCUACUUCCGUGGGAUUGAAGAAACGAGCCGCCAGCGGCAUCCCCACCCCCCGAAGCUUCAAAAGUAGCAUCGGGUCGGGCAUCCCCCCACCACCUCUCGAACGCAAGCCGGCUGCGGACCUGGGGGGAAACAUACUAGGCUAG